AUGAGGAGGUUGAAGUGGGCGGGAUUGGGGAGGGCGGCCGGGAAGGGGGUAGCGGGGGCAAAGAGGCUGACCAUCCCCACCAGCUGUCCAGCAAGUUUUGCAGAGCUGAUGAGGAAGUGUUGGCAAGCCGAGCCAAAGGAACGUCCACAGUUUAAACAGGUGCUGGUAACCUUGGAGACCAUGGCUAACGACAGUAGGCUACCUGAGCAGUGCAACUCCUUUCUACAUAACAAGGACCAGUGGAGGUGUGAAAUCGAGUCCACCUUGGAGCGUCUGCGUAAGUUGGAGAGAGAGCUGUACUCCAAGGAGAAGGAGCUGGAGGAGCGGGAGAGGAGGCUGCGGCUGUGGGAGGAGAGACUGAUGGAGAGAUCCACCAUGACUCCCAGUCCCACCUCCUUACUGAUGGAGCGCUCACAGUUCUUCACACCGCUCUCCAUCGGCUCCUCGGGUUCUUCUUUCUUCCGCUCGCACUCUCAAGACUCCAACAGCGCGGGGGUCAGCAGUGCGGGGGUCAGCUGCCUCCUCCGCACCCUCAGCAACGGCGACAGCGAGCGCGGGAGCAGCGCGGUCCUGGAGAGGGGGGCGGGCUCUCUGGAUGGCGGGCGGCUGCACGUCAUGCUGCGAGGCCUGCAGGGGCGGUUGGGAGAGGAGGAGGAGGAGGAGGAGGAGGGCACCCUGGAGGAGAAAGGUUGGGCCCAGCGGGACGAGGGCGGGAGCGUGGAGGGAGGACGUGUGCAGGUGACGCUCAGGAGCUUCCCGGGGGGCAGGAUGGAGCGAGAGGAGAGGACGUGGGAGGGAGGGGAGGUGGAGGGAGGGGGCGUGCAGAGGAGCAGGGUGACCACCAUCCUCAGAGGAUACUCGGGGGGCUUCGCAGAGGCCGAGGGCCAGAAAGAGGCGGAGGAGGCGGAGGAGGGCGGCCUGGAAGCAGGGAGGCUUCCAAGCAUGUUUCAGGGUCUCUACGGCAGCUUGGGGGAGCGGCUGUCCUUGGACAUGGACCACAUGGACAUGGGGGACCUGGGAGACCUGGGGGUGGUGAAGGUCAGGAGCGAGCUGGGGGUGAGGGGUCACAGGAGCGACAUGGGGGGCCACUCGGGGGUGCAGGUGAGCAUGCGGGCCUCGUCCAAUCAGAACUCUGUGAAGAGCUGCAGCGUGCGACACGGCUCCAAAAUCAACAUGGCCUCCGCCGCCUUGGACAUGAUGGAGCUGGACUGGUCUGACAGCGAUUAGCACCUUUUUCCUCUGUGCUCUACUCUACAUACCUAUUUAAAUAGGUAUUUAUCUACUGUACACUUACCGUACCUAUUUAAAUAGGUAUGUACCUGCUGUAAACUUAUUCUACAUACCUAUUUAAAUAGAUAUUUACCUACUAUAAACUUACUCUACAUACCUAUUUAAAUAGGAUAUAACUACUGUAGACUUACUGUACCUAUUUAAAUAGGUAAGUACCUACUGUAGACUUACCUACCUAUUUAAAUAGGUAAGUACCUGCUGUAAACAUCACCCCUCACAGUCACAAGUCACACCUUGUUUUUCUUGGCGUAGCGUGUAGAUUUGACACUUUGACAUUGUAGCUCAAACUGUGAUUUUCUGUGGGAAUUUUUGCCAUUUUCAUUUUUCAAUAAAAAGACCGAUACAAAAAAAAAACGGA